AUGAGUAUCAGAUUGCCGAACGGCCUCGACCAGCUUUCGGAGCCGAUGAGAGACAAGCAUGACCGAGAGACGGAGCCAGUUCGGUCUCACCUCGGACCGGAUGAUCUUUCGUCGUGUCAAAACCCGAGGGACCUUUCUCGUUGGCCAGCAUCUCCUCGUGCCACCUUCCCCACAACCUUGUGCGUGGCAUCCACGCCGCACAGUGCGGAGAAGGCAGGGGCCGGCACCGUCAGGCUGGACGUGCCAACUCUCGUAGCCGUCCGCGACGGUCCGCGUCGCCUUGGCAAGAAGGUACGAGCCGCGGCCCAUCUCGUCCUCCAACUUACGCCCGGUUUUUCUCCGAUGCCGGCUUUCGCUGUCGCUCGCUCGACGGCACCCUACAGUAACUACGUGACGCUUGCCGUCACUUCCCGGCAUCGUUCCACGUACAGCCCACAGGAUGCAGUCGACGGCAGACCCGGCCGCGUCCUCCGGCAUCGUAUAUCGCCACCUUGGCGCCAUUCAGCCAAUGGCGAAGAGGAUGUCGCCGUCGCCAGGCACCGCAAUCUGUGCGGGUGCGGGUGCGGGUGCGGGUGCGGCGACCCAGCCAGUGGAACGUCGUACAAAAGUCACCGAUGUCUCUCUCUCCCACUUGGCCGCUGGGCCCGGCUGGCUCUCGGUUGGGCUCGGCAGGGGAGUUUUGCCGCUCGUCUUUAG